AUGUCGACCUCCUUGACCACUGUCAAUGAGGGAAUGGACAGUAAGCGGCAACGUGAUCGACCUACUGUUGUAUCAUCGCUUGUCGGUGGAGCAAUUGCUGGUGCUGUGGCCAAAACUACCAUCGCUCCUCUCGACCGAACUAAAAUCUACUUUCAAGUGUCGACUACUCGGGGAUACUCGUUUAAAUCUGCCGUAAAAUUCGUCAUUCUAACAUAUCGGGAACAUGGGUUUGUGGCUUUGUUUCGUGGCAACUCUGCCACUAUGGUUCGUGUAAUGCCUUAUGCUGCCAUACAGUUUGCUGCAUUUGAGCAGUACCGGCAUUGGCUGCAAGUUGAUGAGAACGGGCAAGUUUUAAUAUUAUCUAUAUAA